CUCUGUCACAAGCUCUAAUUUUCAGUAUUAUUUUAGGAUGUGAUAGUUUCAUCUAAUUUUCAUUAUUGAAGAUGCAUUUUCUUUACUGUAUAUUUAUGUCACUCCCGAUGUUCGCCAAUGGGUUCAUUGUAAAAGGUCCCUCUGAUCUUCUGGUUGUUCCUUUGGGAGGGUCAGUGGUUUUGCCAUGUUAUGUUGAUUCACCCUUACCAGCAGAGGAUCUGAAGGUGGAAUGGAUUCGAUCAGACUCAGAGACUCUGGUUCAUCUGUAUCAAGAUGGUGAGAGUCGACCAGAGGUCCAGCAGCAGGAUUAUCAUGAUAGAGCUCAUUUCUUUACUGACCAGAUUCAACAUGGAAACUUCUCACUCCUGUUGAACAAUGUGACAGCUGAAGAUGAGGGAGAGUACAGAUGUAAAGUGUUCAGUGGGCAGGAUUCUGGUGAAACUGUGGUCGAAAUGAAACAUGAGCGUUUGAUAAUAUCAGGAUCGAGUCACUCCAUAUCUGCGUAUGCGGGUGAUGACAUAAAUUUUAACUGCUCUGUGGACUCUCAUAUCACACCUGAAGAGAUUGAAGAGGUUUCAUGGAAGAAAACCGAUAACGAUGGAGACAUCCUGGUUCUGCUCUACCAAAACAACAAGAUUAAACCAGAAUCAUCACAUGAGCAAUACAUAGACAGAGUUGAGUUCUUCACUGAUGAAAUCUCCAAAGGAAACUUUUCGCUAAGACUGAAGAGUGUCAGAACUGAAGACAAAGGAGUUUAUAUGUGUCAAGUGUUUGCUGGUGGAGUUUCAGCCAACACAACUGUAGUACUGGAACAACUAGGUUUCUCUGCUUUACACGUAAUGGUGCUGAUUUUUUGUUUUGCUGCAUCUGGAUCUGCACUUCUGCUCUGCCGUCGAAUCUACCAUAGAUUACAUGACACAGACCCCAGCAGAACAGUGUGGACUCUUCAGAAUGCUCUUAUCUUUUGUCCAAACAUCUGUAUGUUCUUUGCCUUCAUCUUCUGGGGUUUUACUGAGGGAUUUCCAAAUGAGACCGUCCCAUGCUGUGCUCUUUAUAUUCUGAGGCCUGUGAUGUUGUUGUGGGCUGUGCCUUAUUUACAUUACCUUAAAGUUUUCUUUGUAUAUGCCUGGAAUAAGACUGCAAAUCAUCCAACUAUUGCACUUCACAUACUUUUGGUAUUUUUUGGGGGAUAUAUACUGCUGUUGUGUCUCCUCAUCUUCAGUGGAGGUUUUGGAAGCAAAAAAGAAACCAUGUUGGAGAUAUUGGCUCUGUGUUGGAUCCUCUUGCCUCCUUUCCAAUCAUUGUAUGUGAAAUCUUCUUUAGGAACUGACAUUGAGGGCCAUAUAUAUGUUAUAGUUGUUCAACUGCUACCAGCUCGGUUUAUAUUAUAUCUUCAUGCAACAUCUAACUUCAUCUUCAGAAGGUGCAUAAUGUUAAUAUUAGUUCUUCUGGAUAUCGGUAUGGCGAUGUUUGUUCAUCACAGCAUUUUGGAAAUGGAGAAAGAAAUUGUUGGAUGGACGUGUGUCUUCUUUUUUCUCCAAGUCCUGCGGAUGAUGGCAUUCUUUGAAGACUGUGUAUACAGUGUGUACAAGGCUGAACCUUCAGAAGGACGACAAAGACAACAGACUGAGACGGAUCAACAAGGAUCAUAUCUGUUGUCUCUCUGUAAUGUGUUCAUGUACAUGUUUGGAGCAGUUGGUCUGAUUUUGUUGAACUCUAUUACACUGACAGCAGAACUGAUACUGAAUACAGAAAAUGGUCAGCGUGUUGUGAAGGACAUGAGAGUCGUUGUAUUUCCAUCUGAAUGUGUUUUUGUCCUGUAUUGGUUCAUGUGUAUUUUCUGGAAGACAAGAAAACCUGAAUCUGUAAACGAUGGAAAGGAAAUUAUGAAUCUCUCAGACGUUAAAAAAAAAACAAAACUGAGAGCUGUAGACAAAAUGUUCAUGUUUGUUUGAGUUAUUAAUUAUCAUCAGUAUAUUCAUAAUCACUUAAUAGCAUUAUUGAUAAUUUUCAUUACAUUAUCACUUAUUUUUUCACAUUAUGUUGUCUAAUAUGCAUGCCUAAAAUCUAGUGUAAGUCAAAGUUAUAUAAGUAUUUUAUGGAAGUCUUAUAUAAGUUGCAGACACUUGUACUGUUUGGACGUAAAGUUGAGAUAACGUUUCAGAUACAUGUUUUUCAAAUUAAGAGGGGAGGAAAAGUAAAGUGGGCUGUUUAAACAAUGGAGAAGUUUUGUUUUUUCCUAUGGUUGUACUUAAAUAUGCCCUGUACAGUUAACAUCUUCAGAGAAAGACUGAGAAAGACCAAGCAAGGCGAGAAGACCACCUGAUGACACCAUUGUCCAAUUGAAAGUUUACUUUCUCUCCUAUGUCUGAUAACUAAAAAUAAUUAAAAAUGUGUUAUUUCUUAGCAAGUAACUGGUGUUUGGCUCCAUGAUUUCACAACAGGGAAAAAGACGUAAAUUUAAAGUCUUCAGAGCAAAGACUAGUUUUGCAUUUGUAAAGCAGAAUGUGCCAUGAAAUGGUGUGGCCUUUUCUUUAAAAUGCUAUAUUGGUGAUUGAGUCAUUUCAAAAGUGGGAAUAAGUAAACUUUUUCUUUAUUUAUAUUUCUUUACAGCACUUUCUGUAAAUGUGAUUUGUUAUGAAAGUGUGAAUCUAUUUCUUUAUGUAUUCUGUUGUGUAUUUCUCAGUUCAUGGUACUGUCCUACAAAGUCAAAAUGCAGUAACUACACCACAAUGAAACUAAGAAGAAUGGCUUUUUUAUAUUGUCUAGUCUAAUAUAGAUUAUGAAAUAGUCUCACACUGUUUUCGGAGUAUAUCUGAGUUAAACCCAUCUGUCACAGGAUAUAUCACUCGUCAAUUUGUUUAGUUACUUAAUUUUGUCUUUCCAGGAUAAUAUAGAUGUGGUGAACAUACAUUUACGACAAUGUUACUAUUUGUCUCUCUUUAUAUUACAUGGUGUUCUGUUUUAUUAUUUUUCUAAUAUAAAUCUGGUAGUAGAAUGUUUUCCAUGAAAAAUUUUUUAGUGAUACAAGCCUUCACCAUGUUCUGUAAAUGCUGUCCUGGACACCCUUAUGUAGAAUAA